CCGAGGCGGAGGCAAAGCAGUCCAUCCUCUUGCGCAUGCGCCUACCCCAUCGUCUCGAGGUUGGAAGGCGAUCGUGUCUGGCUCCUGCGCUUUGGCUCUGAGUGGGAGGUCGCGUGUGCGCCUGCGCCGGCCUGUCAGGCUUGGGGGAGCGGCUGAUACCCAAGCGGGUGGCGGAGGCGGUGUCGGGCCGGGAAAAAGUACGAGUCCCCUAAUGCCUGAAUAAGGUCUUUACUCUUCUGUCUUUCUGUGAAAACAUUCUCUGCAGCCAUGGAUGAAUAUAGCCGCUUUGUGGAUUGGGACAAGAUGGAUGCCACAAUCCAGGUGCAGGACUCAAAGGAGCUAAUCUGCACCGAUUUCCAGGAGUUCAAACAGCUUGCCCGACAGGGCUGUUGGGCCAAGAAUCACUCUUUGAGAGCCAAAGUAUACCUGAAGCUAAUUGGGAACAUCCCAUGCCGCACAGUGACACCAGAUGCAAACGUGUACAGGGAUAUUGUUGUGAAGAUCAUUGGCAAGCGUAAUGCUGGCACCCUGCCAUUGCCAGAAUUUGUGGAUAACAGUCUGGUUCCCAAUUACUGUUUGAAUGCAGAGGGCAUUGGGGCAGUCAGGAAGAUAAUCUGCUGCAUUGCAAAUCAGUUCCCUGACAUAUCAUUCUGCCCAGCGCUGCCUUCUGUGGUGGCUCUGCUCCUCCACUACAGCAAGGAUGAGGCAGAGUGUUUCGAGAUGGUUUGUCGCAUCCUUGCUUGCAAUGACCCAUCCAAGCGGCUCAUUGACCAGACAUUCCUGGCGUUCGAGUCCUCCUGUAUGACCUUUGGUGACCUGGUUAACAAGUACUGCCAGGCAGCACACAAGCUGAUGGUGGCAGUGUCUGAGGACGUGCUGGAGGUGUACUCUGACUGGCAGCGGUGGCUCUUUGGAGAGCUGCCCUUGGUGUAUGUUGCUCGGGUCUUCGAUGUGUUCCUAGUGGAGGGCUACAAGGUGCUCUAUCGGAUUGCACUAGCCCUUCUCAAAGUCUUCCACAAAGUGAGAGCCGGGCAGCCCAUAGAGUCGGACAAUGUGCAGCAAGACAUUCGAGCUUUUGUUAGGGACAUUGCCAAGUCAAUAUCUCCCGAGAAGCUGCUGGAGAAAGCCUUUGCCAUACGGCUUUUUUCCCGGAAGGAGAUCCAGCUUCUGCAUAUGGCCAAUGAGAAGGCCCUACAGGAGAAAGGCAUCACAGUCAAACAGAAGAGACAGAACGUGCACUUGGCAGUGCAUGCUGAGAACUUCAAGUCCGAAAUCGUCAGCGUGAAAGAGAUGAGAGACAUCUGGUCCUGGAUCCCAGAGCGCUUUGCACUUUGCCAGCCCCUAUUGCUUUUCACCACUUUGGAGCAUGGCUGCAGCCUAAACAGGUUCUAUUCUCACAGUGAAGGACAUGAACCAACGCUCCUCGUGAUCAAGACAACAGCCAAAGAGGUCUGUGGCGCUUAUUUGUCAACUGACUGGAGUGAGCGCAGGCGAGGAGGGAAUAAACUGAGUUUCUUUGGGACAGGAGAAUGCUUUGUAUUCAGGCUGCAGCCAGAAGUGGAACGCUAUGAGUGGGUGAUAAUCAAGCACCCCGAACUGGCCAUGACUACUUCUGAGCCACGGGCUAAGUCCAUGCAGGUUUCCACUGUCCUGUGCUCCAGCAGCAUCCCCUCGGACUCCUCGGAUCGUCUUUCCCCCUUCCUAGCUGCUCGUCACUUCAACUUGCCUUCCAAAACUGCUUCCAUGUUCAUGGCUGGCAGCAAUGAGUGCAUCAUCAUAGGAGGUGGUGAUGGCCAGGCCCUCUACCUUGAUGCAGACCUGAACCAUGGGAGAACCAGCCACUGCAAUACUUUCAAUAAUCAGCCACUGUGCUCUGAAAACUUCCAGAUCUCUGCCAUGGAGGUGUGGGGCUUCAAGGACACUAUGAACGUCUGAGGCUAUAACCAUCAUCAAAACAAUGAGCCUGUCAGACAUCUCAAAAUUCUCAAGACAAAUACUAAUGCAAAAGCCAAGCUAGCACAAAAAUUCCACCUGGCUCCUUCUAGCUUAGCUAUUAAGGAGCACACUAAAUGCAGGGCUUAGUUGUUUACUGUUGCUCCUUAUAUGCAAAAUGUAAAUGACUAGGUGGUGCAUCUGGUUAACUCCUUUUACCUCUGGCAAACUGGGUUCAAACCCUGAUUUAGGUAACAAGUAGAAAUGUGGGUAUCUCAUUCUAGUCCUGAGUGGACGUGUAUCCAUAUGCAAUCAGUCUCUCAGGCCAGGACUGGAACAGCAGUGUGUUGCUCAUCAGGAUGCAGGUAUAUUGGCAGAGCUGUGUGUGGCUUGUACAGUGCCUGGCUCAUGCCAGUGAUAUCAGUUUGCCACUUGCAGGAGCAGAAUAAGGUGGACUUUGCAUAUGGGUCCAUCCAUCAGGCAGAUCCGUGUAUCCAUUUUCAGCACCCUUUCCUGAGCAAGUCAGCAAAGCUUCUGAAAGGAACAAAGACUAAUAGUUGUUUUUCCCCACAUCUGAAAGCUUGUGUUCUUCAUCUGCUUGCAGAGUCUGCCCCCCUGUGGGAAGCAUCCAGUCUGGGAAAGCACUUCCUCAAAGGGCUGACUUUCUGUUUACAUUCCUAGUACAUAUCAGAAUCGUGACUUCCAAUUGUAAUAUUAUGACUCACGGCUCAGGCAGCUAAAAGCCAGCAGGCUAUAUGCAGGGCACAAACUCUUCCCCUUCUUCGUGGUUCCUGGAAGCUGACAUGAGACUUUGCACUGGGAAAUGAUAACUGGCUAGGCAGGAAAUUAGCAAUUGGAUGCAGAAACACAAUGCCUUCUCCAAAGAGAAAUGGAUAAGGGUGAGUGAGUACCUACAGAGACAGAAAAUGAUCACAUCUAUCAAUUCUGUUUUGUGUCUGGGAAUGUACUAGUUCCCCAGACAGGCUUUAGGGGGUGCUGUUUCUAUAGCACCUGAAUCUGCCCAUUGACUGAAGAGACUAGUGCUCUCUCAGUGUAAAAUGCAGCCAUGCUUUGCCAGUAAUGCCUUGUGGUGCAAGCUGGACAGGUGACACAGUCAUUUCUUCUUGCCUGAGAGUUCUGGCAGCACUUCUCCGCAGACACGCUUGGUGACUGGAAGUGAUUUCCCAUUGCCUGACAACUGAAGUUAGCAGUCCAGCUUUGAGACUUGUCCUUUCCUGGCUUAGUCUGUGUAUCUCAACGGAGGAUCAGUGUGAACACAUGUUAGAGAGAUUCCUCUGAGUACUUCAGCAGACUGAUGACUAGUGAGGGGGGAGUUCUACAGCCAGAUGGAGGGAAGAGAGAGCACGGUUUCGUCACCAGGUACAUAGUGACAUCAAUUGCAUUAAAAUAGAGAACCUUGAUUAUUACCUUUUUAAAGGUGCAUUUCUUUUAUAAAGGGAGAUCUAAAUAUGCAGUGAAGAUCAGUGGCCCAACUCUUAACUAGGCUGGGCACAAUCCCCCCAGAAUCCACUGGCUCAGGUGAGGCUGGCUAAAACUCACUUGCCCCGGCCACAUCUAAAGGGACUGUCAGACAGGUGUGUGACUUUCUGGCAGGGCACUGCCUCUCAAGAACCCACUGGCAAAGCUUAGCCUGGAAGAUGAACAGCUACUUGAGAUACCAUUGUUGGAAGCCCUUCCAUAAGAACCCAGGUCAGUAACAGAUCAUGGAUGCACCCUUUUAAAAUGAUAGAUGUACAUCAAACUGUCUGUAAUCAGAAUCUUUUGCUUGUUGGUGAAGAGUAGCAUCACUUACUCCUGCAAGAGCUAGUAACACCACAAGCACUCAUGAUGGAACAAGGAAGCAUUGUCCUUGCCCUGUGCAUCCUUGCAGUGCGUUGAAUGUGUUUGGAGAGGGCAGCUGUUGUGGCUAACCCAGAAUCCUGGGCUCUCACCUUGCUGAGUAAUGGCUGCAGGAGCAGACUCUUCUAUUCUGUCUGAAAAAUAUACAUUUGUCAGUGUUAAAUCUGAACAAAUAUUCUGUUAGAAUCUUAAGCAGCUUUGGUUCCAGCUUGUUUUGCUGCUCACCUUGAGAAGGCCUUCCUGUGCCUGUGAGGAUAGAUGCAAUUGACUGACAGCCCAUACUGUCUGACAUGCUGUGGACUUUGCAAUACUCUGUUCUGCGCGUGGCAGAAGCACAUGGAAGGUGAGUGAAUGAAGUUUGCCCCUGCUUAGAGUCAGUUUUCAGAUUUGAAUUGACUGAAUUAAGCCCCUUUUAUCUUCCAAGUGAUAGCAUGCACUAGCCGUGGGGCACGUGUCCACCCCCACAGUUGCACCGUUGGGAUUCUUAAAUGUCAGUAUUAGCAACUGGCUCAGUUAGUAAAAAAUAGUUCAUUUCAGUGCCCCCUUAAGAUCAGUCAGCAGGAGUUUCCAUCCCAGAUGGCUUAUAACAAAACUGGUCUGAGGAGUUAACUGCCCGUUCCAGGGAGGAUUCUGGCCCUACAUGGUUUGGAAGGUUUCCUAUGCCAGGAUGGAAUAUUGACAUUUUUACCAAAGUAACUAGGCUGCAAAGGGAGACUAAGCAAGCUAAGAGGGUUACGUGUGGCAGCUCUGGUUCCACUGUAGCUGUCCCUAUUUGCAUAUUGCUGAGAGUGAUGGUUAAGUUUGCUGAUGCACCCAUGGCAAUGCUGCUGAGCACAGGCCCUGGAGAACAAGCUCAGGUCCAUGAUCUGUAGACACUUACUUCAUUAACUGUUCUGGUGUGGAUGGAUCAUCUCCCAGUAGCUGGCACUGUAAAAUCUCUACAGUGCCUUUAACUUUCCAUACAGAGCUCUCAUGCCUGUUUCUCAAAGCAAGUUCUUUCCAGACUGAAAGAAACUAGUGGUAAUUCCUAUCCAUAUGUCUAUUAAUUGAGUUUGUAACAGAUUAUAUCAUCCACCUGCACCAAUGGCUGUUGGCUGAAAAGAACCUUGCAUGAUUGUACCUUGCUUUCUACAAGAACUGGCAGGUGUCCAUCUAUCUGUAGGAUAUUGAAAAGCAAAUGUCAUAUCACUUUUGAUGCUUAAUGGCAUCUAUCAACUUCCUUGGGCAAAGGAUUCAUUCAGAAAAUGCAUUAAGUAUCUUGCGGGGAGGAGUUCUCUUAAAUAUGUUCUCCCCUCUGCCUCAUUCUUCCAGCUUGUGUACAGGAUGUUCUUAGCAGUAGCUUUCAUGUAAUUAAGAUAUCACCUGUCCCUUGAGCUCUGGGUUGGCAAGAGUGGGAGACUUUCACAUUAAAGCAAAUCUCUUCAUUAAAGUCUGUCUGCAAAACACAUCCAGACACAUUCUGGUUUUCUUGCCUUCCCCCACCUCUCCCACAUGCUAGACUUGAGCCCUGCCCCAGUCCUCAAAUAACAUCUACAGAAUCCUCGCUCCAAACUGCUAGGGUGGAAACGUAACCCCAGAAAACUGCUUGAAUAGAAGAUGACAGCAAACUCAGCUUUAGAAUACUAGGCUGGUUUUUCAAAGAACCCUCAGAGAGGUAGGCACCCAAAUCCUACUGAAAGUCACUGGCACUUGGACAUCUGCCUCUUAGCAGCAAAGAAAAGCCCAGUUUUGACCUUUGCCAGGAUUGCAUUCUGUAGAAGUAGCUGAUGCCCCUAAUCAUUCCAACAUGGAGGGCCUACAAAGAAGCCCCGAGGGUAUUUCUACACUGCAGCUGGGAGGUGAUUUCCAGCACAUGUAGACAGACUUGCGGUAUCCCAGCUCAAUCUAGUGCACUGAUAAUAACAGUGUGGAUGUUGUGACAUAGGGAGCAGGUCAGACUAUCUACCCAUGUUCAGACCUGCGGGCUCGGGUAGGCUUGGACUUGAGUGGCUAGCCUGAGCCACCACCUCUCCGGUGUUCACACUGCUAAUUUUAGCACACAUGGUUGAGCUGAGCAAGUGCAAAUGUCUCCCUGGGCUGGGGAUCACACUUCACAGCUGCAGUGUAGACACACCCUAAGAAACCUGUGCAGAUGGCCUGUUACUCUAUUUCUGCAGGUGACCAUAGCAGAGUCUUUACUUCCUUGUUAAAGGAGCUCACCACAUGGGUAAUGGGAGUCUGGGGUGAGUAGCUUCUCAUGAGGCAGUCUGUGUCUAGGCAUAGGCCUUGCAAUUUGAGGGAAGGGGAGGAUACUCUUAUGACUUGGAACGAACACUACCUCACCAGGGUAAUUUGGGGGUUCCACUGCAUGAACCUCACUACUGGAAGCAAAUUGGCUGACGAGUCAGUGAAGCUGUGCUAGAAGUAAUUUCUCCCCUUGCCCAGAUGGGUGGGGUAACUAGUGACCCCUCUACUGACUGCCAUCUGUGUUCAUAUCACUCUUAAGAGGAAUGUAUUGCAGCAGCAGUUUGUUUUACCAGGAUGUGGUGCUAAAAGAUCUCAUUAGGGUGAGUACUUGAGAAAUAAAAUCCCAGAAGACCAAUUUAGUGUAUGCAGGUCCAGCACUUGGAUAACCCAACCUGACCAAGAAGCCACAACAAACAAGCAAGAGGAAUUGUAUUAUAUAAAGCUGUCUUUCGUAUUCUCCUUUUGUAGUUAUUCCAUAAAAACUAAUGCUCCUUUUCUAUGUAAAUGUUCAUGUAUAAUAUUUCUCUUUGUGAGCCUAAGGCAGCUCAGAGCUGUGGCACUAUGAGCUGAGGACCUGUCCCUUCCUCUCCAAUGGCAAAGAUGCAUCUUCUGUCUGUGAUUAAAAAUUGAUGUUAAAGAGAAAUCCAUCCAGGUCCAUGUAAAUCAGUGAGCGGUGUUGUCUAUGUUACAUGCAGAGCUCUUGGGGCUGGGUACAUAGACUAGUUUUUUAGAAGACUGCUAGAGUGGGUGACUUCUCAGAGAUCAGGGCUCCAGCUGGGAAGCGUGUAGUAUGACGAGUUACUUUAUUGUAAUUCUGAACAGCCUUUGACGACAUGUCCCUUUGGUGUGGUAUUGCGUAUUAUCAGUGCCCUUUGAUUUAUGCUGUUAGUGUGGAGCUAAGGUUCUGGCUAUUGAGAUGCAGCUGUUUCUCUUUAAGAGCAUCUCUGGCUUCCUGGGAACCCAUUUCUGAGUUGAAACUUUCUAUUAGAAGGUUUCUGGGAAUGGGGAAGGCCAGAGAAGACUAGAACCACCUCCCGCCUCCCCUAGGCAUCUGAAAAUGGGCUGAACUCACUGUAAAUAGCCUCUGACAUACAGCACAGAAGCCAACUGAUGUGUCACUGGAAACCUCUGGAAAGCUAAUUGCUCUCUGAUAAUCAUGCACUUUUUGUGAUAGUCACCUUCCAUCUUCUGUCCCUCUCACCAGAGAGGUGACAGACAAGGAGCCUCCGUGUGUAUUACAUUCUCUUCUGUGGAGAAAAUAGACUGAAUGGUACUGAAAGGGUUAAAAUUAUAUUUGCAGAAGUAUCUUUUAGCCCCCCCCCCCAAAAAAAUAAUUUUAUUGCAUAUCAAAUCAGCUGCUAAUCCCAGCAUUGGCAUGUUUGAAAACCUAGUACCUACUGAUUCACCUCUUUAUAGUUUUGGUUUUAAUCCUGAGGAAUCGGAGUUUACACUGCCUUUUGUGUCCUCAGAGCUACACUCUGAUAUCACAAAUGGGCAGGGACCAAGACCUCACCUGAAGCUGGGGCAGAGGGAAAAGUCAGCUGCUGCAAUACACAUCUGGAAUCCCCCAGAGCACAAAAUGCAUAGAGGGCUCAGAUACUGUCUCAUCACUGUGUGAUAAUAGCUCUGUCUUCUGAGCCAAUUCUUGUUUUGAGAUGAAUUUUGUACCAGUCUGUUUGUAAGUGAUGUGAAUGCAAAUUAUAUUCUGAGUGACAUUUUUCUCCAGGUGAUUGUAGUGCUGUCUAAUUGUGACUUUCUAGGUCAUGUAACUAUGCCAUCCACUAAUAUCAGUGUUGAGUGUUUAUGUGACUGCACAGAAUUUGGGUUGAAUUACUAAAAUAAAAUUUAAAUAUACAAGCUGUUGGCUUUUCCCUUUCAGCCAAAGCUGU